CUUCGGUACGUGAAGAAGAAAAUUAUUAAUAUUUGAAAGUGAGAAUGUAUGACUACAUUUCUAUUCGGUUUAUUUUAUAAUCGUGGUGUCAUGACCAGCUUGCAUGCACUCGAUUAAUUACUGAGUACCUGCCAUCUACCACCAACAACAGGUACCAGGUAACUCUGUUCACGAAAGCUAGAACAGGUGGAAAUCACCUAGUAGUUUUGUGUCCGCUGGGAAUUAAACCUGAGACCUCAUGAUGCUCAACCCACUUCAUUGACCACUAAGCCACACCCUUGGGUGCAAAAAUCAACAUCCCAACAAUCGUGGUGCCUGAAUCAGCUUGCGCUCACCUCGACUAAUUACGAAGUACCUACCAGAUAACUCUAUCCAGUAAGACCUGAAGAGAUGUAAAGAAAUAAUCUAGUGUUUUUGCCUCCGCUGGGAUUUGGAGUAUUGGGGUAAUGUUGGUGUAAGGAUAGUGUGAGGUUUAGAUAACUCAUAAUUUUCCUUAAAAGACAAUCUAAUUAUUAAGAAACUUAAUGGUGUGGUCCAGUAGUUUGAUGAAGCUUGAAUGAAAACACCAACGUUUCAAAAGCAGCAAGGGCAAAGAGAUUGAGUGGUUUUUUCCCAUCUAGUUUAGGUGGAUAGAGUUACUUGGUGUAUAUAGUAUUAGUGAGACGAUGCAAGUACUCAGUGAAAUAGUUGCACUCCAAACUGCUUUGCAACCACUGUUAAUGAACCAAGCAUAACUAAAAUGGGAAUGAGGUGAAGUAGUUGAUGAUGGACACUGGACGGUGGGGUACCUUGGUCCUUGCAUACAAGACCUUAGGAGUUGUUUUUGGGGGUCUUGUUACAUCUCCACUUUAUGUAUAUCCAUCAAUGCCGUUAAAGUCUCCAACUAAGGAUGACUAUUUGGGGAUCUACAGCAUAAUGUUUUGGACGCUCACUCUAAUCGGUGGUGUCAAAUAUGCUAGCAUAGCUCUCAAAGCUGAUGAUCAGGGCGAAGGUGGAACAUUUGCUCUUUAUUCAUUACUCUGCAGGAAUAUAAAUAUCGGGAUACUUUCUUCUAAGAGUGCCAAUUUAAAUCCAAGCAAUUCUUAUGUUAACCAAUCAAGAAAGCCAAGUAGGCUGGGUAAAUUUUUUGAGAGGAGUCUGAUUUCCCGAAGGGUACUGCUUUUCAUUGCAAUGUUGGGUAUGUGCAUGCUAAUUGGUGAUGGCAUACUUACACCUGCCAUCUCAGUGUUGUCUGCAAUGGAUGGCAUAAGAGCACGUUUUCCCUCGGUCAGUAAAUCAUUGGUAGAAGCUCUCUCAGCAAUCAUUAUCAUUGUUAUAUUCCUCCUGCAGAAAUUUGGUACUUCACGAGUGAGUUUCGUGUUCUCUCCUAUCAUGGGUGCAUGGACUCUUACAACUCCUCUCGUUGGGAUAUACAGUAUCAUAAAGUAUUAUCCUAGCAUAUUCAAGGCAAUAUCACCUCAUUACAUAGUCCACUUCUUCUUAAGAAAUGGAAAACAAGGAUGGAUAUGUCUUGGUGGUACCAUCAUGUGCAUUACAGGUUCUGAGGCAAUGUUUGCUGAUCUUGGUCAUUUCAACAGGAGUUCAAUUCGGAUAGCAUUUUUUUGUACUAUAUAUCCAUCAUUAGUGCUGACAUAUGCUGGGCAGACUGCGUAUCUGAUCAGAAAUCCCAGUGACCAAGCUGAUGGAUUUUACAAGUUUAUACCAUCUGCUGUGUACUGGCCGAUGUUUGUGAUAGCCACAUUAGCUGCAAUAGUUGCAAGUCAGUCACUGAUUUCAGCCACCUUUUCUGUUAUUAAGCAAUCAGUUGUUUUGGAUUAUUUUCCUCGGGUGAAGGUAGUUCACACAUCCUCUAGCAAUGAAGGUGAGGUUUACUCACCAGAAGUUAACUACAUCCUUAUGAUUCUCUGCGUUGCUGUAAUACUCAUCUUUGGAGAUGGGCAAGACAUCGGAAAUGCCUUCGGUGUUGUUGUGAGCAUGGUUAUGCUUAUAACAACUAUAUUGCUGACAUUGGUUAUGAUCAUUAUUUGGAGAACUCCACUAGCUCUGGUUGCACUUUACUUCGUCGUAUUUUUUGUGAUGGAAAGUGUCUACGUGAGUGCAAUCUGCACGAAAAUUCCGGAAGGUGGUUGGAUUCCCUUUGCCAUCUCUCUCAUCCUUGCUUUCAUUAUGUUUGGCUGGUUCUACGGUAGACAGAGAAAGCUCGAAUAUGAGUUGACACACAAGAUAGACUUAGAGAGAUUUAGGACACUGCUAACGGAUCCAGGUGUUCAAAGAGUUCCUGGAAUCUGCUUCUUCUAUACAAAUAUCCAAGAUGGUUUAACCCCAAUUUUAGGUCAUUACAUAAAGAACAUGAGAUCUCUGCACAAAGUUACUGUAUUUACAACUCUUCGAUAUUUGCUGGUUCCUAAAGUAGCACCGGAUGAAAGGAUUGUCGUUAGUAAACUAGGUCUCAAAGGAGUUUAUAGAUGUGUGAUUCGGUAUGGUUAUUCAGAUAAACUUAGUCUUGAAGGGGAUGAUUUGGUUAAUCAAGUUAUCGAGAGUCUACGGUCUCAUGUGCUUCACUGCUCCAACCAUAACUCAGUGGAAGUAGAAGAUGAAACUUCCGAGUUGGAAGAGGCAAAGCUUGCUGGAGUGGUCCAUAUUCGUGGAAAGACGAGGUUUCAUAUCGGUAAGCAUUCUGGCUGGUUUGAUAGAACUAUGCUCGCUUUCUAUGAAUUUUUGCACAGCAAUUGCAGAUCUGCACUGCCUGCUUUGGGUGUACCAUUACCUCAACGUAUCGAGGUUGGAAUGCUCUAUGAGGCUUAAGAAUCUGAAUUUGUUCUUACUGGUUUAACUACAAGGCACUGAAAAAGUUCCAAGAUUGAUCACAACAAUAACAGGUAAGAUCAAUAUUGAUCUAACCAAGUUUUAAUACAUAUAACUUAUUCAUUUUUAAAAAGUUAAGAAGAUGUAGAUUUUAGUGGGAUUAGGAAAUCUCAUGUGUGAAUGAGGCAUGUUGUAGUUGAUAUACGAGAUUAGAAAGCAAUUGAAAAAAUCUAUGUAGGGGUAAGGUCUAAGGUCUGCGUACAUACUACCUUUCCCAGACCUCACAUGUGGGAUUACAUUGGGUAUGUUGUUGGUUGUUGUUGUUGGGAAACUCGAUGGACGUUUGUCUAAUACUCUAUAGAAACAGGAAACAAAUAUUAUACUUUGCUAAAAUGAAAGAGAAAUGCAAUCCAAGCCGUUGAAAAUGUAUGGGUGGACUCCAAGAUAAAGAUAAAUUUCUUAUACCUACUUAAUAAAUAUCUUGGUUAUUUCUCAGAGAA